AAGGUGAGGAGAUUGAUGUGGUGACAGUAGAGAAGAGACAAUCACUCAGCAUGAGGAAACCAGUCACCAUCACACUGCGUGCUGACCCCUUGGACCCCUGCAUGAAACUCUUCCACAUCUCCGUCCACCAGCAGCAGCACAACUACGCCGCCCGCUCGCCGCCGGAUGCCUGCCCCCCAUCAGAGCCACCCCAGCAGGACGAGGUUUUUUACCCGCCCCCUGCCAUCACGCUGCUUGAGCCCGACUUGCCGAAAGCUGGCAGCAGCCCUGGCUCCGACAGCGAGGACGUGGCCAAGAGGAAAAACCACAAUUACCUGGAGCGCAAGCGGCGCAAUGACCUGCGCUCACGCUUCCUGGCCCUGCGGGACCAGGUGCCCGGGCUCUCCAGCUGCCCCAAGACGCCCAAAGUUGUGAUCCUGAGCAAAUCCUCCGAGUACCUGCAGUCGCUCAUCA